AUGCGGAUGAAAGUCUGGUUCCCUGGCCUUGAUCAUAUAGUUGAAGAAACCAUAGCUUCAUGUCUCCCGUGUCAUGCAUCAACUCUCGAGAAGAACGCCUUUGCACCACUAAGUAUGUCUAAACUCCCACAAGGAGCCUGGCAAGAGUUAAGCGUUGACUUUAAUGAAUUGCCAACGGGAGAAUAUUUGAUGGUAGUAAUCGAUGAUUAUAGCAGGUUUCCUGUCAUAGAAGUCACGAAAUCAACAUCAGCCAAAAGUGUGAUCCCAAAACUUGACACCAUUUUUGCUACCUACGGCAUUCCAGUAACUGUUCGAACAGACAAUGGCCCGCCGUUCAACGGAGGAGUGUUCUCACAAUUUGCACAAUACUCUGGCUUUAAGCACCGAAAGGUCACACCACUUUGGCCACGUGCAAAUGGUGAAGUAGAAAGGAUGAUGCAGAACCUCAAGAAACUCUACCGUACUUCCACAGCAGAACAACAGAACUGGCGGAAAGCAUUGAACAAAUACUUGAGAAACCAUAGGGCAACACCACAUAGUUCAACUGGGAUGCCACCAUCUACGCUGAUGUUUGGCAGAGAGAUACGCACAUGGCUGCCUGAGAUACCACGCAGUUCCACAAAUGACAAAACUCUCCGUCUACAUGACAAAAAGGCAAAAUCCACGAUGAAACUGAACGCAGAAAGAAACAAACGCUUCAAAAACAAAACUUUUCAUGAAGGAGAUGUGGUUCUAUGCAAGAGAGAUGGAAGCUUACGCAGCCAUGAAACACCUUAUCAUACACAACCUUACACGGUCACAAAAGUCAAUGGCACCAUGAUAUCAGCAUACAAUGGAAAUCACACAAUCACCAGGAAUUCAUCGUUUUUCAAAAAGGCUGACCGACUCAAGAGUAAAAGCUACAAUCAACAGCUUCAGCUCGAUAGUGACUAUGACGAUGAACCAACCCCGGCACCUCAGUUUGCCCCAGCACCUCAAACACCAGAUAGGCAACGACCAAAGAGAAGCAUCAGAUUUUCAAGCCGACUAAAAGACUAUGUUAUGUAA